CGGAUGGGAGGCGGAGUGGGAGGACCGGGCGGCGGCGGGAAUGCGGGGGCAGGUGGCAGCGGCGAGGGGCGUGGACCCCCGCCCCAGCUCGCCCGGCUCGCCCUCCCUCCGACCCGGUUACAGGCAGAGAAACUGAGGCCCGGAGGGGCCCGAGGUACCAUGGCCCGGAGCGGGGUGCUGUUGGUCCUCUUGCUGCUGCCACCGCAGCUGCAGCUGGGACCAGUAGGCACGGCGAGGUCGCCGGGCUUUGGCCGAAGUGGGGCCCACAGCCUGAGCCCUGAAGAGAAUGAAUUUGUGGAGGAGGAGCCAGUGUUGGUUCUGAGUCCCGAGGAGCCGGGGCCCGGCCCUGCCACCAUCAACUGCCCCCGCGACUGUGCCUGCUCCCAGGAAGGUGUCGUGGACUGUGGUGGCAUCGACCUGCGCGAAUUCCCGGGGGACCUUCCUGAGCACACCAACCACCUGUCUCUGCAGAAUAACCAGCUGGAGAAGAUCUACCCCCAGGAGCUCUCCAGGUUGCAUCGGCUGGAAACUCUGAACCUCCAGAACAACCGUCUGACUUCCCGAGGGCUCCCGGAGGAGGCGUUUGAGCAUCUGACCAAUCUCAAUUACCUGUACUUGGCCAAUAACAAGCUGACCUUGGCACCCCGAUUCCUACCAAACACCCUGAUCAGUGUGGACUUUGCUGCCAACUAUCUCACCAAGAUCUAUGGGCUCACCUUUGGCCAGAAGCCAAACUUGAGGUCCGUGUACCUGCACAACAACAAGCUGGCGGAUGCUGGGCUGCCGGACAACAUGUUCAAUGGCUCCAGCAAUGUCGAGAUCCUCAUUCUGUCCAGCAACUUCCUGCGCCACGUGCCCAAGCACCUGCCGCCCGCGCUCUAUAAGCUGCACCUCAAGAACAACAAGCUGGAGAAGAUCCCACCAGGCGCCUUCAGUGAGCUGAGCCACUUGCGUGAGUUGUACCUGCAGAACAACUACCUGACCGACGAGGGCCUGGACAAUGAGACCUUCUGGAAGCUCUCCAGCCUGGAAUACCUGGAUCUGUCCAGCAACAACCUGUCUCGGGUCCCGGCAGGGCUGCCGCGCAGCCUUGUGCUCCUGCACCUGGAGAAGAACGCCAUCCGCAGCGUGGACGCCGACGUGCUGACGCCCAUCCGCAGCCUCGAGUACCUGCUGCUGCAUAGCAACCAGCUACACGCGCGCGGCAUCCACCCGCGGGCCUUCCAGGGCCUCAAGCGGCUGCACACCGUACACCUGUACAACAACGCGCUGGAGCGCGUGCCCAGCGGCCUGCCCCGCCGCGUGCGCACGCUCAUGAUCUUGCACAACCAGAUCACCGGCAUCGGCCGCGACGACUUCGCCACCACCUACUUCCUGGAGGAGCUCAACCUCAGCUACAACCGCAUCACCAGCCCGCAGGUGCACCGCGACGCCUUCCGCAAGCUGCGCCUGCUGCGCUCGCUGGACCUGUCCGGUAACCGGCUGCACACCUUGCCCCCCGGGCUGCCGCGCAACGUGCACGUGCUGAAGGUCAAGCGCAAUGAGCUGGCCGCCCUGGCGCGCGGGGCGCUGGCUGGCAUGGCCCAGCUGCGUGAGCUCUACCUCACCGGCAACCGGCUGCGCAGCCGGGCUCUGGGUCCCCGUGCCUGGGCCGACCUGGCCCGUCUGCAGCUGCUGGACAUUGCUGGGAACCAACUCACAGAGAUCCCUGAGGGGCUCCCCGAGUCACUCGAGUACCUGUACCUGCAGAACAACAAGAUUAGCACCGUGCCUGCCAAUGCCUUUGAUUCCACACCCAACCUCAAAGGAAUCUUUCUCAGGUUCAACAAGCUGGCUGUGGGCUCUGUGAUGGAAAGUGCCUUCCGGAGGCUGAAGCACCUGCAGGUCUUGGACAUAGAGGGCAACUUUGAGUUUGGUGACGUUUCCAAGGACCGGGGCCAGGUGGAGGAGGAAGAGGAUGAGGAAGAUGAGGAUGACGAGGAGGAGGAAGAGGAGAGGCGAUAGUGACAGGAUGAACCAGAUUUGAUAUAGGACAACGGAGCACCAGACCCCUUUCUGCAGCACGUACCUGUGCCCUGUGAGCCCCAGUCGGCCAUGUUCACAGACAUACCCAGUGCCACCCCCUCCAGCCCCUGUGACCUGCCACCACAACAUAGGCCAGACACAGCCUCCCAUCCCCACCCUGUUCCCGCAGCACCCACAGCCAGACAUGUGCAGGCACCACGACACACCCACACCCUGCCGGCUGCAUGGCACCCGCCACACAGCUCUACUCUCCACCCCACGCCCUCCGUUGCCAUCAUGCCAUUGGACUCAUGCAGACUCGGGAGGGUCUGACUCUGCCCUGGCACUCACGGGUGCCUACUCCCUUUGCCCUGGACCCACAUGUGUACACACGCGUGCACAAAGACACACACACGUGUGCACACACAUAGCCAAGUCACAUGCAAACAGCCUUCUGUGGCCUCUGCCACCUACAUAUCUUGCCCCAGCCAGAACUGGCCAGAACAGCUUGCCAUCUGCUCAUCCGUCUGUCCGUCCGUCCACUGGAGAAGACAGAAUUAUCUUGGUGCUCUCUGUGGCCGGGUGCCUGCCACCCUCUGGAACCCACAGAAGCUGAUUUUUGUUCCUUUUUCUCCCUGUGGGACUGUUGCCCUGGCCCCCAGGGUCACUCCCUGCCAGGUCCUGGCCGGCCACAGGCACGUCUUUGAUGGAAGUCCCACUGAGGCCAGAGGGAAAGUCUCCUGGGGCUGCUGAGGCCUUGGGCACCUCAGGAGUGAGGUGGAGGGGCAGGGCCAGGCAGGGAGGAAGGGCCUAGCUGCCCUAAUGACAUAUCUUUUGUUUCCCUUUGGGCCUGUGGGGAGUUCUGGGUGCCUUUGAACUUUGAAUUCUUUUUAAGAAAAAAAUGAUAAAGAACUCAAAGCUGAUUUCUCUUGUUACAGAAAAGCUAAUAUAAAAGCAUUACCCCUUUCUGGCAGCCCA